UUCUCGCACGCGCGGGCCCCAUGAUUAUAGAACUGAUGGUGACGCGAGGCUCACGCUUCGCCUGCCACAUCUCGCUGAGACGCGCCAGCGCCCGCUGCCAUUGUUAACCCUUCUCGCACGCGCUGAUCCCGGCGCUUUAGCAAGAUUACGCAAGGCUCCAGUUUCGUCGCCCAAGGCUAGCUAAGCAGCGCCUAAGCUCGCUGCCAACUCUCGCCCCUCUCGCAUGCGCUGAUCCCGACGCUGUAGCUGACGGCGUCGAGCUCCAGCUUCGCCUCCCACAUCUCGCCCAGCAGCGACAAAGCCCGCUGCCACUGCUCGCCGUUCUCGCACGCGCUUAUGCCAGAGUUGUAGCUUACUGGUGACGUCGGGCUCCAGCUUCGCCUCCCACAUUUCGCUGAGCAGCGUCAAAGCCCGCUGCCACUGCGCGCCCUUCCCGCAUGCACUGAUCCCAGCGCUGUAGCUGAUGCCGUCAGGCUUCAGUUUCGCCUCCCAUAUCUCGCUAAGCAGCACCAGCGCUCGCUGCCACUGCUCGCCUUUCUCGCACGCGCUGAUCGCGGCGUUGCAGCUAUGAUGACGGUGGGCUUCAGUUUCGCCUCCCGCAUCUCGCUAAGCAGUGCCAGCGCCCGCUGCCACUGCUCACCCUUCUCGCAUGCGCUGAUCCCAGCAUUGUAGAUGACGACAUCGGGCUCUAGCUUCGCCACCCGCAUCUCGCUGAGCAGCGCCAGCCGCACGCUGCCAUUGCUCGCCCUUCUCGCACGCGCUAAUCCCAGCACUAUAGCUAAUGACGCCGGGCUCGACCUUCGCCUCGCACAUUUCGAUGAGCAGCGCCAGCGCUCGCUGCCACUGCUCGCCCUUUCCGCAUGCGCUAAUCCCAGCAUUGUAGCUGAUGACAUCAGGUUCCAGCUUCGCCUCGUACAUCUCGACGAGCAGCGCCACCGCUCGCUGCCACUGUGCACCCUUCUCGCACGCGCUGAUCCCAGUGCUAUAGCUGUGUGACAAUGACGUUGGGCUCCAACUUUGCGUCCCUCAUCUCGCUGAGCAGCGCCAGAGCCCCCUGCCACUGCUUGCCUUUACUGCAUGCACCGAGGAUCGCAUUGUAACAGCCUAGACUGCAUGUUGAGCGCGACUGACGCACUUCGAUGAAGAAGCUCAACGCUGCGCUCCACUGCUUUGCCCUCCCACAAUUCUCUAUUGCCGCUUUGAGGGAAGGACCGUCUUGCCCUGAUCCUGGCUGCACGCCUAGCAUCCAGGGUGGACUGAAACCACAUUGGCGCAAAAUGAUAACGGCGUCAGCCGAAUUCCCCUCGAGACAAAA